AUGUGUCUGUGUCUAUGUGGAUAUACACAAAAUAAACGAAAAUUGGAUGGAAGGAAAUAUUCCGUAUUAAGACUCUUUAAAGCCAGUUAUGCAAAAGAUCAUAAUAAGUUUCUGUCAUUAGAGUGGGACGACAUCUUGUUGAACGUUUUACUAUUUAUUGACCUUCUUAUGCGUAUCGUGUUUUUCUCUUUCUUUCACCUACUUAUAUUCCCAGAGUUAGACAGCACCAGCUGGAACCAGAUAGAGUUAUUCGAUGCCGGCAAAAAUGUCACAAUUUGUAGUCCAGUUGAAUCAAAAUGUCGCCCCCGACCAAGAAAUGCCAUCCCCCCUAAAAUUAGCGUCCAGGCUGUCCCGCCAGGCUGUCCCAAUGCUGAUGAAUCUAACGGCAGCAAAGAAAGAAGGGGAAUUCAUGGCAGAAAAUCAGAUGGUGGUCUGAAAAUAGUUUAUAAAGAGCAUGAACAACAAAUUCUGCACAUGGAAAUAAAAAGUCCCAACGUUGUAUCGGAAGACCAAGCUUUCCAUCCCGACUUUACUAAACUAGGAAACUUAAGGAAGGAUGAAGUGAAUUUGAUGCUGAAAAGAGAAUUUCCAGAAAAUACAACCGUAUUUGGCAUUUUGGUGGGAGGGAAUCAUGCUAAUGUAUUUGGUAUGGAUCUGGUGUAUACAAAAGUAUACCGAUUGUUCGAAAUUGGAUCUUUCUUUUUCCCUCAUAAUGCACAAGAUUUGAACAGACUUGACGAUGUGUUCGACACAAUGACCAAACUAAAUGCAAUACUAUGUGUUGAUAAGCAGAAUAUUAAUCCAUUUGAUAAAUUUUACAGUUGCUGUACCUUUUGUUGUAGGCGUAGUGUUAUUCUGAGCACCAUUUUCUUUGGUAUCAACUGUAAAGUUGAGGAUCUUCGUCAAGUAGAUUUUGGAUUUAUUCCUUAUAUUCCAAUGUGA